UAUAAUUGCUUAAAUGGGGUAAAUAUAAUAGAUAUGUGCAAAUAAUAUACCACAAUCUGAAUCAUCAAUAACAGAUAUAAAACAACUUCAAAUUAAAAGAGACUGUCAUAAGGAUAACAGUUCUAAGGUAAUUUUUGAAUAGAGUACAGUGAUAACGGAAACAUUAGAUGAGCUUCAAUCAAAACUAUCUCAUGAUGAAGAUAAAUAAAAUCAAGAUUUAGAAACAAAUAUUAGUAUUGUUGAGUCAUUUCAGAAGUUGGAAACAAAAAAUUUAUCUCAGAGAGAGUUAGAUUAAAUCACUGACUAGAAUGUUAAUAAUAACUUAGAUGGAACUAAAAAUAGAUCAAAAAGUGUAUUUAUUCGCAAUAUACUUUCUGAAAUACCACCAAAGAGCAUUUUAAAAAAUAGAGAAAUGCUUUAGGAUUAGGAAAAAAAACAUUUUACAUAAUAAAAAAGAGUUAGGUUUUCAAUAAAGGAAUUACACAAGAACAAAUUUCAAUAAAAGUAUAAUGGAUACAAGAAAAUUUCAUAUAUUUGA